GUCAAAAAAAAAAAAUUAAAAAAAAUUUAACUCCAUCAUCUCACGACCCUCCAUUUGUGCCGUUACCAACGGUCACAUGCCGCGACUCGCUGCCCACUCGCCGGAAAUGACUGAGCCACGAUCGCCGAUUGACACACCUCCUGAAGAAGUACAAACAUCGCAAAACUCUAACAACAUAGUUCCCGAAAUUCCAUUAGAAAUCAUCAGUGAAGAAGAAAUGGGGAUAAUAGAAGCUGCCUUUGCAGCCACGCGAUCUCUGGUUAAGUCACCGUUACGUGUUUCUUCAUCGCCGGCGCAUUUUCAGAACAACGUUAGGUCGAUACAGUCGAUUACUCUGUUAUCGAAGCGGAGUUUAUCGAGGUGUUCUUCACAAAGUGAUUCGUUAGAGGUUGAUUUAGAAGAUUCUGGAAGUUUAAUGAGUAGUCAGAAGAGGAAUAGAGUUGUCGCUUCGUUGUUGAGUCGGUAUCGGAGGAAAAGAGGAUUGGCUGUUACUGAUAUUACUGCUACAGAAUGGUGUGAAAAGAAGAUGGAGUAUACUCUUCUUUGUGGCAAACCCAAAAAGACCAAAGCUAUGGAAGCUGGUAGCAGUCGUCAUGAAGAACUUGAAGAAGAGGUGAUCAAAAGGGUAAGAGUUCGUGUUGACUCGGCUGAAGAUGUAUGGGCAUUAAAGUUCUUAAAUUUCAUAGUUGGUGCCAAUCAAUUGCUAUUUGACGGAUUGACACGUGAAUUGCCCUUAGUAGGUUUUGCUGAAGGUGUAUGGAUGGUUGGAGUUAUUGAUGAGAUACGAAUGCCAGAAAGACAAAGUGAUGCAUAUCCAAUGUUAGUUGACACAAAAACACGAGCGAAAGCUACCCUUCCUCCUGAACCGCAACGGAGGAACGGAAGGCUUCAGCUAAUGUGCUACAAGCAUUUGUGGGACAGCUUGGUGGCCGAUGACUUCCCCUCGCGGCAGUUCUUUGAGUUCUUCUCUCUGAAUCCUAAUCGCAUUUUAUCUGCAGAAAUCAGAGAACGUACUGCCAAGUGUGGUUUCGCUGCUGAGACUCUCACUGAUAUGUUGAGGUACUCUCGUAAUACUUGGUGCAUGCUUCCACCAGCACAUGAGCAACUAUUAUUGAGGUAUGAAUUUCAAGGAGAUCAAUCGUUGCUUGGUGAAGAUCGGUUUGAGUAUGAUCUUAACUGGGUAAAGGGUCAAAUAAAGUGUUCGUUAGAGGUAUGGCGAGGAGAAAGAGAAGCCAGUUACACCCCUGAAGACGAACGAUGGAAAUGCUGGUCUUGCAAGUUUGCUUCUGAAUGUCCAGCCAGCAAUUCUUGCUCUCCAAGAAGAAAGGACACUGAAGGCUAACUGGUACGUUUGGCAAAUCGCGUUGAACUGUUUGUCAAUAUAACUUAAAACUCUUUAACAAACUUGGCAUUACACGAACAAGCCAAACAGUAUCUAUUAGUAUAGCUGUAGGUACAUUCUGAACCUGAAAAUUCAUUGUAUGUAAAUAAAUUCAUUUUAUGUUGUAAUUGUCAUUGUUGAUAUUUGUAAUGUCAAAGCUAUUGACAUGAUCUCACACUGAACCAUAACAAAUGUAAUACUCAUUUUCUCGUCUCAUAGUUUAUCUCAGAAUAAUCACACCAAUAAAAUGUUGUUUUAUGCCUA